AUGAACUAUAUUGCAGUUUUCUGUUGUGUAGGGGCCCUUGCUAUCACUGGUUCGUUGCAUCAUGUUGAUAAGGAUCUCCUCGGGUGGUGGUUAUGUGAACGACAAGUGAAAUCGGGAGGUCUAAAUGGGCGGCCCGAAAAGCUUCCUGAUGUCUGCUAUUCAUGGUGGGUUCUUUCCAGUUUGAUCAUGAUCGAUAGAGUUCACUGGAUUGACAAGGAAAAACUCAUUACGUUCAUAUUGGAUUGUCAGGAUAAGGAGAACGGUGGAAUUUCUGAUAGGCCAGAUGAUGCAGUUGAUGUUUUUCACACCUAUUUUGGUGUAGCUGGCCUAUCUCUUCUCGAAUAUCCUGGUGUGAAAGCUAUAGAUCCAGCAUACGCAUUGCCAGUUGACGUUAUAAAUAGAAUCUUCAUAGGCAAAUAA